GCGCGCAGGUUCGAAGGCGGCGCGCGGGGCGCGCGCGAGCCCCGGUCCGGGAUGGCGGAGGCCUUGAAUCAUUUAAAAAAAGACUACAGAGCAAGAUUCUGCCAUGGAGGAGGAAGUAAGAUUGAUGUACAGCCAGGUCAAAACGUACUGAAACUCAUACAGGAUUGUUUUGAAAGUUGCAGCAGUGACCUUACAAUAAACUCUCCAAAUGCAACCCUUUGCUCAGCUCCUGUUGUCAAAAAUGAGAAGACGACUUCAAUGCAGAGCCUAAGGCCAAAGGCAAGAUCACCCAACUCUGUGAAAAGAGCCUGUAAUUCUCCAGGAUGCUCACCUAUAACACUGCUAAAACCAGUCAGCAGCAGAGGACAGUCAUGUGAAUCACCCUUGAAGCCUGCAAUACAUGAUUAUGUAGCUGUUUCUAAAAAACCAGAGUCUCCUGUGUCUAAAAGCAAAAAAAAUACAUUACAAGAUGUUGAAGUGCUGUGCCGAAGUCCUGCCAUGUUUUUGGACCCUGAGGAUGAUCACGGGUCUGUUGGAUCACCUUUUCCUGUGGAGAAAGGGAAAAGUUCUCCUGUGCUUGAAUUGUGUCUUGAUGGCUGGAAUACACCUGCUACAGCAAAGAGCUGUGGAGAAGUUGAAAAUUUGGAAGGACCUCAGACUGAGAGAGAUGAGCAGGUUGUUCUUGUGCAAGGAACAGAACCUGUUGCUACAUCUUCUGUACAGAAAGAGAAGACUUUCUCUUCAGCUCUCUUAGCAGCUGUAGCAACAGGAACACUUCGACAGAGAUAUUCAGCCUCGAUAUCACCCCCGUCACCUCCUCCUGUGAAAGAUCAAGAUAUUGAAAUCGAAAAUGAAUGUGAAUUUUUAAUUGAUGAAUCAGGUGGUGCAUCAUUUGCUUCUUGGAUUUCAAUACCCAGUAAGAACAGAAAAUCAAAAAAAGAUGGCUCUGCAACUCCUGUUUCUAAAUCUCAGCCCUCUGAACAGAAGAGGACACAGAGUAAGAAAGGCAAGAACAGGAAAGCACAGGUUGAAGCACUUACUAAACAGAAACUGAAUAACCUGGAUGUUGGAGCCUUUGACUUCAAAAGAAUGUCAAAAUCGGAUCCAAUCUCUAACAGUGAAGGAAAUGUCCUUAGAUCUCAAAGCCAAAAGAGUACUCAUACAGGAAAGACUAAAAAGGAUGCACUUAGGCAAGACUCUCCAAACCAGAAAAAGAACACAUCCUGGAAACCAGAAGCUGAAGAACUGAUAUUGUCAUGGUCUGGAUUGGAAACUGAAGCAUCUGAUGCAGAAAAAUGUAAAACAAGGGUGCUGCCAAGUGAAGAUUUGCCUAUGCCCUCAUCUGGGCAUCAGCAAGAACAGACUGUGUCUCCAAAAAAGUCUCUCAAGUCUUCCAAGAAUCUGCAGUCAGCUUCUAAAGCUUCUCAGCAUUUACAUAAGAGGAAACAAACUGCUAAGCAGAAACUUCCUAAGGUUAAAAUAGCUAAGAAAGUGGCAUUAAGUCCAAGGAAGGACCUUAAAAAAUCUGUCCAGAAAAGUAGUAAUAAAAAGCCUCAGUUGCAAAGAGAGAAGAGUUCUGACAGUGAACUUAGUGAAGAAGAGCAUGAAAGAGAGCCUGUAGAUUUGAAAGAUGUGUGUACCACACCCUUGCGUCAGAAAUUAGAGACUCCCGUGAUUCAGAAAUUGGCUGUGUCUGAAAAGCCUAGAAAUGUAUUGCACACAUUGGACUCACCUGGUGGUGCAAAUAACCAAACUCCUGUGAAAGCACUACAGCAUCUCAUGGACAGUGUGAAGAAUUCUGAAAAGAAACAGUUGCCAGCCAAGUAUUCAGGGAAGAUACCCAGAAAGAUUCCUUGCAGAACCAAUAAAGCUGUUUAUUCAAACCCUGAGGACACUGAGUCUCAAACAGAUUCUGACAGCUCUUCUGUACAGAACAUGGCAAGGAAAAAACAGAAGUUAUCAGAUGAAAAAAUAAAAAAUAACAAAAGAAAACGUAACAGGCAACACGGACCACAAAAUUCCUUUGUGGCUGAGAAGGCUGUGAACUAUGAAAGGUGGAUAACAGCUGAACUUCAUUGGCACAGUAAAAGCAGUGAAGCACAGCCACAGAUGGAGGAAGAAGGAAGUGGGCCUGUUCUAGAACAUUGUGAUAAAUUUGCUUCCAACACUAAGUCUUCUGAACAGUAUGAUACAUCUUCAGAGAAUUUUGAUGACUUGAAUUACAAAGUAAGAGAUCCCUUGUCAGACAACAUACCAAGACAUAAAAUAGUAAUGCCUUCCAACACACCUAACGUUCGUCGAACAAAAAGGAUACGACUGAGACCUCUGGAAUAUUGGAGAGGCGAGCGCAUAAACUAUACUGUGAACUCUUCAGGAGGGCUUGUGAUUAGUGGAUUAGAGCAUCCAAAACCACAAUCUCGUAGUAAGAAUAAACAGAGGAAGGAUCGUCACAAGCGGAAAGCCAACAAAACAAAUAGAAGAGAGAUACCUGCAAGUUUGGAUCACAACCUAGCUGAUACUUCUAAGCCAACCAUUGUACUGGACCCAGAAACAAAUGAGGAGGUAGUUCUAGAAUGCGUUAACACUGAAAGCAGUCACGCUUGCUCCUUCAAAGACGAAGCGGUAGAAAUAUACAAAAAUCUGAAUACAUCUGUUUUUGCAACUGGUAGAUUGAUUUUGAAACCACUUAAAGAAAAGGGACACCAGUUUGUCCACAUGGAUACAAUAGCUUUCCAUAUUAUCCACGGCAAAAUUAUUGUUACAUUACAUAAGACAUCGUAUUAUCUGACUACAGGAGACUCCUUCUAUGUUCCUCCAGGAAAUGGAUAUAACAUACGUAAUCUUCUGAAUGAAGAAAGUAUUCUUCUCUUCACGCAACUUAAAGUCAGGUGAAGAACCUUCUGCAGAGAAGUUUGCUGAAACACUCGUCAAGCUUUUGUAUGUUCUGGAGUUCUUUUUACGUACAAAAAAUGUUUGUGUGUGCCCACCUUAACAUUACAGAUUAAAACAGAGCAGGUGAAGUCAACAUAAGAAGAGUUGGGAACAAAACCAAAAGAACCUCAGUAGUUUGCUUUCAAACUAAAAUGAGAUACUGAAGGGCCUCACUUUGCAUCAGUUACUGUUCUUGUGCCAUCCAGUGACAGAAAGAUACAAGUAUAAAAUGUGUGGGUAUAUUUAUUGUUCCAAAUUGUAUCAAUAUGCUUAAUCUCUCUAAAGAUGCUUAGCACUUGAAAAAAUGUUGACAUCUUCAGCUAACAUCUGAUAGAUAGUCUUAACAACUGCCUGGUACAAACUGCUUAGAAUAAUCUCUAUUUAAAUGAUGAACCUGCUGUUUGCAUUCCAGUAAUUGUUGUCUGGGAGAUGGGCUGCUAAAAUGUUUGUGUGCUGGGGUCCAGCCGCCUUCUAAAUAUGCUAAUGACAGGCAUUUGUUCCUUGUCUGGCAGCUGUAUGAUUAGUGCCUCCGGUUCCAAUAGUAAAGCAGGAGCUUUUAAGUAGGAGCUUAUCAGUUAUGUCUUUUGUGUGGAAGCUGUGGCCUGAUUAGCUCUGAACAUUGUUGAUAGCUUUAUUUUGUGUAACAGUGAUAGGUCAUUGCCAAAUAUAUUACUUUAAUAGCUCCUUUUGAUUUCCUUGCUGUGUUCCGGGAUAGUAAUAAGGACCUUUGGGAAAGCUGUGAUUAUACUGUAUACUCCAGAAGCCAAGUCUAGACAGCAGAUGGUAUACAUAGCAUUUGUCUCCCAAGCUCUUCAAGGUUCCUUCUGGCUGAAGACAAACUACAGCUAUUCUGAGAGAGUGCUUUCUCUCUCUGGUCACUGUUAUCCUCAAAGAGAAGGAGAUAAGGAAAAUUGAAUUGGAAUCGAGAACUUUUAAGGAUUUGAGGAUUGACUAUUGACCUCAUAAACGAUUUUGGCCAUGAUCUUUAUGCUAAAUCUAGAGUAUACAUUAAAGUAGGAAAAAUGAAUUGGCUUUCAGCUGCCAGCUAACUUUGUGUGUCUGUGAAAGGGCUUGGACACCAAAGUUGCCAUGCUUCUGUGAAAGAUCCUUUAGAUUGGGAAGUUUGAGAUAAUAGUUUUUGUCAUUCUCUUUCAAGGAGUAGUUCCUAUAGCUAGGGCAUACUGACAGUGGAAAUACUUGGUUGAGGUUAUGUGACAUCUUUUCAUUCAUGGCUGGGUCACAUGUAACUGGGAAGAUGAAAUAGGAACAUGCCUUUUGCCAUUUAGUUCUGCCUCUGUCUUGAUAUGAACUGUUUGUAUCAGAGUUCAGACUACACAGAAGGAACUUUUUUCCCAGCUUCAACUUUUGUAAGCAGUUUGAGUUAAAAUAAAAAAAAAAAUUUAGUUACUAAAUACGAGUUUGAUGUUGACAGCUUUUCUGAAUUUUGCACUUGAGAUGGUCUCUUCAAGGUCAGAAAGAUUCAAAUACUGUCCUUUCUGUGUUGGAGCCAUACCAGCUACCAGACGGGCAUAUAUGCUGUCUCCACUGCUUUAAGGGAUCCCACCCACUAAAAUAUUUAGUUUUUAAAUCUUUCAACUCCUCAGGCCUGCAGAGGUCUGGGACUUUGCCACUUGGAAAACGAGUAGAGGACCAGCAUUAAACCCAAGUCUCUGCUUCUAACCCAAGCACGUCUCCCCAUAGUCAGGCCAUGGAUGUGAUGGUCUCUCAUCCCAGCAGCUCAUUGAUUCCAGUUGAAAGUCAGAACAAGAAAACUUUGCAGUUGUGUUAAAGGCCAGGGAGUUUAGAAUGAAAAUAUUCUGCGAGUUUUCUUCAGUGUUACCUGUCUGCAGAUUGAGUAGCAGAAGGAUAGAUACUUUGUUAAGGGUUUAGUGAACGUGUAUGGACUAGGGAGCUCAUGGCCCUAAAGGAAAGCAUGGAUGAUACUGUGACAGAACUCAGCAGACUGUUGCUUGCCAGUGAUGUGUUUUCAUUUUGUGGACUCAGAUGAGAAGUGAUACGUUACCCUUCUCAUAUCAGGCAGUGAUGUAUCCUACCCCACUGCACUGUACUGGCACUCUGCAGCAAGGUUUUGAGUCGAUUUUCUUUUGGGUCAAGAGUAAAUGGUGAGAAAUAUGUCCCUUGGGAUGCUUCCUUAGGCAGAAGUAAUGUGCAGACCUUUUCCUGACACAGGCUGGAAAGUGCAGGUGUUCAAAUGCAGGUUUGAGGUCAGCAUGCCUGUUUGUGUUUUCCUGAUUCUGUAUCUAGGAGUGUCAACAGAAUAGGGUGGAUUUCGUAAAGUAUGUCACUUUUUAGUCUGGAUGGGUUUGUUGCUUUCUGACUAGUUGGUUUCUUGGGAGAGAUGUCCUGUGUGAUUCGAAGAGAACAUUUUGUAGUUGGAUCACAUCUCAAAUUGUUUGUGUUUUACUUCUUUUUUAAGAAGCAAUACCAGUUGUGCCAAGGGAUGUUCUCUGAAAUAUUGCUGUAGCUUAGCAACACUUCUACUGUUCGUCAGUAGAUGGGGCUUCAAGCACAGUUGUUUGUCCUUUGCUGGCCUCUGUGUUCCAUCGGGGUCUGGUUUUUGAAAGGGAGGAAGAAGUGUGUUACAGGUGGAGAUAAAUUCAGUUGAAUUCUGUUGCAAGGAGAUGUAAAUCAGUUGCCAUUAACAGUAGGACUUGGUACUAAAUGUUGCUAGGUUCAUUCUGUUAGCAUGGAUGUUGUACUAGUUGCAGCCACUUUCUCAAAAUUGUUUUUUAAAUCAUUAGUGCACUGCAGGAGUUGUUGAGUUGAGCUAGGUUGUUUGCUGUUGACCUGGAUUACAUUUUAAUUUUUUUUCUUCAACUGGACACUUGUAUGAAAUUUACUUCUGUGUCAUUAGCCUGAAUAUAGUGUGGGGAGGUGCAAGAGGAUCUUCAGAGUUCCAGGACUUCUAUGGCUGCUGAGCUCUGCAGCAUGUCAAUCAGUAAUCAGUUGCUAGUCAGAAGCAGCAGCUGAUGUUUCACCUCUGCCUGGUCUUGUUUUGGCUCCAUUUUUGUGUACAUCAGGCCAAAUUGGAUAUUGUAAAUAAAAAAGCCUUUUCCAAAACGUGAGAAGUUCGCAUUCUUCUUCCUGCUUAUGUGUGAUUCUUUUUACAAGCAUAUUUUCUACUCUGCUGAGUAAUCUCACUUCCACUGUCUACUGUGGUUUAGCCGGGUUUUUGUUGAGCUAGGCUGACAUUGGUUAGCCAGUGUUACCUGUGGUGGAGUGAAGUUGGGAGCAUUGUUGUGUAAGAGACAUAGCCUUUUCUGCUAACUGUGAGAUAUACACACUGUUCCUGGAGGAUGCAUAGUAAUAUCCUGGAGGAUAUCCCUGUUUUAGUAUAUUAAUUCAUUGCUUUCUGUCAACAGUAAUUGAGAGAGCUGGAAACAAAAGCCAAGUCACAUAUUUCAGCUUCAUGUUAGUAGGUACAUGUGUUCUGUAGUAGGUACUGUGGUAACAUCCAGAGACUUGUUUUAAGAUGCUUAACUGAGAAGUCCCACCACAAUAAAACAUCAGAGUUUUGAAGGCUUUGGCUCCCUUUGAAAAAAUUACAGGUUAGUAUGUUCUUUUGCAGAUCUAUCUUUUUGUAGUUCCGUUUGGUUAGAAGGCUGUUCCUGUUUUACUAAACAAAGCUUUUUGCAUCUUAAAGCAGCAGAAGAAUGAUUGCAGAAAUGUCAGAUAUGUAUGCACAUCCAUAUUUGUACAACUCUGUAAACAUAAAAUAGGAGAUUGUGAGCUGAGUAAUUACAGAAAAAAAUGAACAGGACCAAUAAAACAAACUGUUGAGGCACA